CUACUAUUUUCCUACUAUAUAUUGAGGUAGAUGUAACCAACCAAAACACAAACAAAAAGCAUCCCUAUCUAACAAUGAAGCAUCUUUUAUCACUAACCCUUUCCUUCUUCAUCUUUGUUUUCAUCACCAAUCUUUCACUAGCUACCUCAAAUGAUGUUGAGCAAGUAUUAGACAUAAAUGGUAACCCCAUUUUUCCAGGUGGUCAAUACUACAUUUUACCAGCACUUCGUGGCCCCGGAGGAGGAGGAGUAAGAUUAGGAAGAACCGGUGAUUUAAAGUGUCCGGUUACCGUCCUACAAGAUCGUAGAGAAGUCAAAAAUGGUCUACCAGUGAAAUUCACCAUACCAGGAAUAAGUCCUGGUAUAAUUUUCACUGGUACACCACUUGAGAUCGAGUACACGAAAAAACCUAGUUGUGCUGCAUCAACAAAAUGGUUAAUAUUUGUUGAUAAUGUUAUUGGAAAAGCUUGUAUUGGUAUUGGUGGUCCUGAAAAUUAUCCUGGUGUGCAAACAUUGAAGGGAAAAUUUAAUAUUCAGAAACAUGCAUCUGGAUUUGGUUAUAACUUAGGGUUUUGUGUUACUGGAUCUCCUACUUGUUUGGAUAUUGGAAGAUUUGAUAAUGAUGAAGCUGGAAGACGUUUGAAUUUGACUGAACAUGAGGUUUAUCAAGUUGUGUUUGUUGAUGCUGCUACUUAUGAAGCUGAGUAUAUUAAAUCUGUUGUUUGAAUUUCUAUUUAGAUAACUAGCUUAUGUAACUUUUGUUUUUAUUGUGUAGAACUAUGUUCUUGAACAAUUUAAACAUUUAAUAAGUGAAAUAAGUUACCUUUGCUUCUUCCUUUCUUGCA